GCGUCACUGCGCUCGGCGUCGGCGGGCCGCUCCGCGCGGGGGCUGCUGGGAGCGCGAGGAUGGUGGCCGGCGCCUUCCCGAUCGCCAAGUUGCUCUACCUGGGCGUCCGGCAGAUCUCGAAGCCCUUGGCGGCGCGCAUCAAGGACGGGGCGCGCGCCAGCCCCUUCUUCCGCCAGUACAUCUGCGGCCCCCCCGCGCAGAUUUAUCACUGGGUCGAGAUGCGGGCAAAGAUGCGGAUCAUGGGGUUUCGGGGUGCUGCCAUCAAGCCGCUGAAUGAGGAGGCGGCCGCAGAACUGGGUGCCGAACUGCUGGGUGAAGCCAUUGUCUUUGGGGUGGGAGGGUUGUGCAUCUACUUGGAAUACUCACGCCAGAGCACCAACUCCAAGAAGAAGGAAGAUGAGCUGAGCAGCACCCUCCAGGGCCUGCAGGAGCAGGUGAUGGAGCUCAAUUUGACAGUGGAGACCUUGGAUGCCCAGCUGCGGGAGAUGAACCGGGUGCUGGUGGAGAUCUCCAGCUCCCCCGAGAAGUAGCAGCCUGCCGCCUCUUGGAGCAGCGCGGGUGGUGCGCUUCCUGGGGUGGGUUUCCCGGGCUGGGUCCAGACCAGCAGGGAGAGCUGUGGGUGCUCCUUCACACAUAGAACGGUCAGGAUUCA